GCCCCCGGGUUUCAGCGCUCCGUUUCUGCCAGGCGGCGGCGGGCUGACCCUCCCUAGGCUGGCCACCGCCUCCGCCAGCUCGCGCGCUUGCCCCUCUCGCUCCCUCCUCUCGCUGCCCUGCCACAUCUUCCUCUGCCUCGCACCCGAGGGACCAUGUCGCGGCUCAGCUGGGGAUACGGCGAGCACAACGGUCCUAUUCAUUGGAAUAAAUUUUUCCCUAUUGCUGAUGGGGAUCAGCAAUCUCCGAUUGAGAUUAAAACCAAAGAAGUGAAAUAUGACUCUUCCCUGCGACCUCUUAGUAUCAGGUAUGAUGCAAACUCAGCCAAAAUCAUCAGUAAUAGUGGCCAUUCCUUCAGCGUUGACUUUGAUGACACAGAGGACAAAUCAGUUCUGCGUGGGGGUCCUCUCACUGGAAGCUACCGCUUGCGACAGUUUCACCUUCACUGGGGGUCUGCUGAUGAUCACGGCUCUGAACACGUGGUGGAUGGAGUGAGAUAUGCUGCAGAGCUCCAUGUUGUUCAUUGGAAUUCAGACAAAUACCCCAGCUUUGUUGAGGCAGCUCAUGAGCCAGAUGGACUAGCUGUCUUGGGAGUAUUUUUACAGAUUGGUGAACAUAAUUCUCAACUGCAAAAGAUUACAGACAUUUUGGAUUCUAUUAAAGAAAAGGGUAAACAAACUCGAUUCACAAAUUUUGACCCGUUAUCUCUGCUUCCUCCAUCCUGGGACUACUGGACAUAUCCUGGUUCCCUAACAGUCCCACCUCUUCUUGAGAGUGUCACGUGGAUUGUUUUAAAACAACCUAUAAAUAUCAGCUCUCAACAGCUGGCCACAUUCCGCACUCUCCUCUGCACGGCAGAGGGCGAGGCAGCGGCUUUUUUGUUGAGCAAUCACCGCCCACCACAGCCUCUGAAGGGCCGAAAAGUAAGAGCCUCUUUCCAUUAAAAAUUGUCACCAGCUGACCACCCCGAACAGGUCUGUGAAGAGAAGACAAAACACAAAAAUCCCUCCUAACAGCUCUUUCCUAGAAUUCUGAUUAACGGGUACCAUUUUGCUCUGAGCUUCAGCACCACAAGGAAGAUCAGAUCGCUGUAAUCAAGCUAACUCAACUCAUCCAUCUCAGAUUUGCACUCACGGGUAUUCAAACAGUAAACAUUGUUUGAUGUGUGUUGAGAUCCACAACAUGCAUCUACUUCAACCUGCGUGAAAACAUGGCAGGCAUUGCAAAACCUCCGAGUCCAUUAAAAAUGUUCCCUUGCCCUAGAGUUUGAAUCAGCCAUAUCUCUCAGUAAUGUUUGGUCAAAAAAUUAAAAUCUUCUCCAGAAUGAUAAGAUUGUGAUAUCUUUUUCUACACGAGUGAGUCUGCUUAAUGUCUUGGUAUCAUUCCAAUUCAUAAAAAGUUGAUAAUAUUUCCUUUUAAAAUGAAUUUUUUUCUGAUUACGUUGUUGAUCCCCAUUGCAUGGUACCUUUAAUUAGAUGAACAAUAUGAGCAUGGUGGGGGGUGGGAUAUAAUCCUCACUGGGUCUACUCCAUAGCUCAAAAUUAACUCAUCCAGUUUUGUUGGGAAUCCCUCAGGAUAUCAGUGACUGUAUGAACUUUAAUGAAUUGUGCCCUAUAUCACAUUCAUGCAGUAAUGUUAAUGAUAAACCGGUUAAUAAUUGACUAGAUGCAUUGGUUUGAAACUAACAGAUUGGAAGGUACCAGACAAGUGGAGAAGCCCAAGGGCCUGAUGGAUAGGCUGCUUACUUUUUCCCUGUGUUUUGUCAACAGAACAGGAAUCAAUCCUGUGUAGGUCACUGUUCUGCCAAGUGGUGGAAAAUAUUUACUUGGGUCUCAUAUAAACAUACAAUCCAUCCAUAAACCCUCCAACCCAUUUCCAUGGCAAAGCCCAUCUUCCCUUUUAUACACGUCCCUCAAUCUCAAAAGUAAUUUUGUAAGUUGGCUCUUGGUAAUUCAUUUUAACCUAUAGUCCCUAGUGUAUUUCUGUUUGUUUUUGGUGAAGGGGGUGGUGAAUGUCCUUUUGCUCUCGCUGGUGAAAGUGGCAUGACACAAUUAACCACAUAUAAGACUUGAACAUAUGGUACACUUCUGUCAUCUGAGAGAAGUUUAGCUGAGUUUCCUUGAUUUUUGUUAAUUUGUUUCAGACACUAUUCCUCCUCUGGAUGUAGAUUUUGAUCAUUCAAAUUAUUUUGCCAUAGUCUUCUUGAUAGGAUAACUGAGUAUCAGUAAAUUGUGUAAUAAUGCUGUACUCAGUUGCAGAAGAUAAGCUCCUGAAAUCUAAUGCUGAUACCUUGGUCGUUUUUGUUUUCUCUCACAGCAUCUAGCUUAAGCCUAGCAGGAGAUGGCCAUCUAGUAAUUAUUUAAUGAACUGAAUGUUUUAAAAUGUUUUUAUUUGAUAUUUGAUAUCUUUGGCGAUUAUCUUUCUGCUUGUAAUUAAACACACUAUCAGUAAAAUAAAGUAAAUAAAUUUAUCUCUUAAAAAUGCUUUUUUUAAAUGCAAGUAAAAUAAAUUUAUCUCUUAAAAAUGCUUUCUUCUUAAAGGUAUAAUUAUUAAAUCUACUUGUGUAACCAGAUGUUUUCAUGGUUUUAAAAAUACCAGUGUUGAAUGGAAGGGUGUUUCUUUAGUUUGGGAAGGCAUGUUGAACUAUCCUGCUGGGAGAAAGAAGUCUGUUUCCUCAGAGAAAGUACAUUGUUCUUUUGGAAGGGUUGUGUAAUGAGGAUUGUAAUUACUUUGUGUGAGAGUUAUUACUUUGUAAUUUGUGGUUUCUGCUACAGUAUUGCAUCGGUCUGUGCUACAAAUUGGACUUUAGUAGACUAGAAACGUCUACACAGCACUGAUUCUCUUGAAGACUGUUUAUCUAUCUAUCUCAUAGGGGCGAAAGAUCUAAGUGUAUGCUGCAGUUGUUAUCUCUUAAAAAGAUUGAAGAGCAUAAAUACUAGUAUAGAUCUCUUUUGUUUCCCACACAUAUAUUGGAUUUAUGUUCAUUAAACAUUUUGUAUUUUAAUUUAAGUUGGAUUCAAUCACGAUAAAGAAAAUGAGACAAACUUUGAACU